AUUGCUGGGGCAACGCCGAUGUUCGUGGGACGGUCCUACUAAAUCUACAUUUUAAAAUAAUAAACGAUACGACGCCGUCAAAUUCCAGUGUAAAACGUGAAUAAUUCGUUGGAUCGCAAAAGUGCGCAUAUAUAGAGUAGCAGUUGGUGUUUGAAAUGAGGGCAGCGUGACUUUAAGAUACAUUUGUGCAUGGGCAAGAGAGUUUGGAGACUUAUAUAUCCCACUAUCGCUAUUUAUGGAAUGGAGAUUCACAAUGUUUGGGCAUAGGUGUACGAUUUCGUGAAAUGUGAACAUUUCGGACGGCCUAGCAUGUCCAUGGACAGACCCGCAAAUAACUGUAACGUAGAAGUAAUCAAGACUCCCAGUGCGAAUUCGAGUUCGAAUUCUGGAAUUUCGAAUCCGAAUCCUAGUGUGCCAUACGAUUUCGAUCGCACCGAGAAUGAUGCGACGCACCCAAUACUGCGCAGCGAUCACCGUCAUCAGGGUGAACUGGUCCAAUGUUUGACGUGCCGCCAGCAAUUCAAGAGCUUCUCCUUCAGCGACAUUUGCGCUCACUACGUUUUCGGGCACGGCGAUCGGAGUAAUUGCGAUUUUGGCGAACAUCCGUACAAGUGUUUGUACUGCAGGCGCGACGUUCACUACUUCCAGCGGGCGGAGAAGUCGCAUCCGGAGAUCUAUCACUUCUGUGCGCCCCGAAAAAGGAGUUAA